AUGAGUUGUGUGCCAUGGAAAGGUGACAAGACCAAAUCGGAAUCAGCAGAGCCACCCCAGCUACCGCCACUGCAUAUUUACCAUGAGAAGCAGCGUAGGGAGCUGUGUGCCCUCCAUGCCCUCAACAAUGUCUUCCAGGACAGCAACGCCUUCACUAGGGAAACUCUGCAGGAGAUUUUUCAGAGGCUGUCUCCCAACACUAUGGUGACGCCCCACAAGAAGAGCAUGUUGGGAAAUGGAAACUAUGAUGUGAACGUGAUCAUGGCAGCGCUUCAGACCAAAGGAUAUGAGGCGGUUUGGUGGGACAAGCGCAGGGAUGUUAACAUCAUUGCCCUGUCUAACGUGAUGGGCUUCAUCAUGAAUCUGCCCUCCAGCCUUUGCUGGGGCCCCUUGAAGCUCCCCCUCAAGCGACAGCACUGGAUCUGUGUCCGGGAGGUGGGAGGCACCUACUACAACCUUGACUCCAAACUCAAGGUGCCCGAGUGGAUUGGAGGUGAAAGUGAGCUCAGGAAAUUUUUGAAACACCAGCUGAGAGGAAAGAACUGUGAACUCCUGCUGGUGGUGCCAGAGGAGGUGGAAGCACAUCAGAGCUGGAGAGCUGACGUGUGA